AUGCUGCCUGGGCUGUUUUGGCUGCUUUUCUUCGCCGGCGAUGAAGGCUCUGCCUUGAAGAUGGAGAUGAUCUGGUUUUUAUUCCUGUCUUUGGUGCCGGUAUACAGCAGGGGACAGGGGGUUUACGCUCCUGCACAGGCCCAAAUCAUCCAUGCUGGGCAGGCAUGUGUGGUGAAGGAAGACAACAUCAGUGAACGCGUUUACACAAUCCGGGAGGGGGACACGCUGGUCCUGCAGUGCCUGGUCACAGGACACCCCCGGCCACAGGUGAGAUGGACCAAAACUGCUGGCAGCGCAUCGGACAAAUUCCAAGAGACGUCAGUGCUUAACGAGACCCUUCGGAUUGAGAAGAUCCAAAGGCUGCAGGGGGGCCGCUAUUACUGUAAAGCAGAAAAUGGGGUUGGGGUCCCUGCCAUCAAGUCCAUUCGAGUAGAUGUGCAGUAUCUAGAUGAACCUGUUCUCACCGUUCACCAGACCAUUAGUGAUGUACGUGGCAGCUUCUACCAGGAGAAGACCGUCUUCCUCCGGUGCACUGUCAACUCCAACCCACCAGCUCGCUUCAUCUGGAAACGGGGGGCUGAGACCCUAUCCCACAGUCAGGACAAUGGUGUGGAUAUCUAUGAACCUCUCUACACACAGGGUGAAACCAAAGUCCUGAAGCUGAAGAACCUGCGGCCCCAGGAUUACGCCAGCUACACAUGCCAGGUGUCCGUCCGUAAUGUCUGCAGCAUUCCUGACAAAUCCAUCACCUUCCAGCUCACAAACACCACAGCUCCACCUGCUCUGAAGCUAUCUGUCAAUGAAACGCUGGUGGUCAACCCGGGUGACAACAUCACUAUGCAGUGCUCUCUGACGGGUGGUGAUCCACAGCCAGAGGUGGUUUGGUCUCACUCUCCUGGCCCAAUGCCUCCCAAUAGCCUUGUGCAAGGAGGCAACCUCACCAUUUGGAGGAUCCAUGUGGAAGACUCUGGCUACUACAAUUGCACAGCCAUCAACAAUGUGGGGAACCCAGCAAAGAAGACUGUGAACCUCCUGGUGAGGUCCAUGAAGAAUGCUACGUUCCAGAUCACCCCUGAUGUGAUCAAAGAGAGUGAGACCAUCCAGUUAGGACAGGACUUGAAGCUCUCAUGCCAUGUAGAUGCCGUUCCUCAGGAGAAGGUCAUCUAUUCCUGGUACAAGAAUGGUAAACCAGCCAGGUUCUCAGACCGAUUGCUCAUCACUCGGAAUGACCCUGAGCUCCCACCUGUGACCUGCAGUUUGGAGAUUAUUGACCUGAGAUUCAGUGACUAUGGUACCUACCUGUGCGUGGCUACCUUCCAGGGAGCACCCAUUCCUGACCUCAGUGUGGAAGUGAACAUCUCCUCAGAGACAGUGCCACCAACCAUCAGUGUCCCUAAGGGUCAGUCCACUGUCACUGUCCGGGAAGGCUCCAGGGCUGAGCUGCAGUGUGAAGUUCGAGGGAAGCCCAAGCCACCCAUCCUCUGGUCCCGGGUAGAUAAGGAAACCCCCAUGCCUUCAGGAAUGAUGACAGUGGAGACAUAUGAUGGGAAGCUGCGCCUGGAGAGCGUGAGCAGAGAAAUGAGCGGGACCUAUAAGUGCCAGACAGCCAGGUACAAUGGCUUUAACAUCAGACCCCGGGAAGCUCUGGUGCAGCUCAAUGUGCAGUUCCCCCCCGUAGUGGAACCGGCCUUCCAGGACAUACGCCAGGGCCUGGGGCGCAGCAUCGCCUUGCGCUGCACCAUGUUGAAGGGCAGCCCCAUGAAGGUGGCCACCUCUGUCUGGCGCUUCAACGGGACUCUUCUGGCACAGCCCCUGGCAGAGCAGCAGGACUACUCUGAGCUGAAGGUGGACAGCGUUAGCCGAGAGACCAGCGGUACCUAUGAGUGCAGCAUUUCCAAUGAUGUGGGGGUCUCCACCUGCCUCUUCCAGGUGUCUGCAAAAGCUUACAGCCCCGAGUUUUACUAUGACACUCCCAACCCUACCUUGAGCCAGAAGCAAUCCAAGAAUUACUCUUACGUGCUGCAGUGGACACAGAAAGAACCUGAUGCUGUGGAUCCCAUCCUCAAGUACCGCCUGGAAGUCCGGCAGCUGGCUCAGAGAAACACCAUCCAAACCUUCAUUCCUGUGCAGAAAAUGGAGAAAGGCCUGUUGCUGGAGCACAUCUUGCCCAACUUGAAAGUGCCUCAGAGCUAUGAAGUUCGCCUGACACCCAUCACCAGCUUUGGUGCUGGAGAUACAGCUGCCCGCAUCAUCCGGUACAUGGAACCAAUCAACUAUCCCAACCCAACAGAUAACACCUGCCGCUUUGAGGAUGAGAAGAUCUGUGGCUUCAUGCAGGACAAGAUGGACAACUUUGACUGGACCCGUCAGAACGCCCUGACCCAGAACCCCAAGCGCACCGUUAACACAGGGCCCCCCACGGACAUCAGCGGUACGCCGGAGGGUUAUUACAUGUUCAUUGAGGCAUCCCGGCCCCGCGUGACUGGAGACAAAGCCCGGCUCAUCAGCCCCCUCUACAACAUCACUGCCAAGUACUACUGUGUCUCCUUUUACUACCACAUGUAUGGGAAGCACAUUGGCUCCCUGAACCUACUAGUUCGUGUGCGGAGCAAGCGCGCCAUUGACACCCAGGUUUGGUCGCUCAGUGGGAACCGGGGCAACGUGUGGCAGCAAGCACAUGUGCCCAUCAACCCGCCCGGGCCCUUCCAGCUCAUCUUUGAAGGCGUCCGGGGCACAAGCUAUGAAGGGGACAUUGCCAUUGAUGAUGUCACUCUGAAAAAGGGGGACUGUCCAAGGAAGCCAAUUGGACCAAAUAAGGCAGUUGCUGUUCCAGGAAGUGGUGUCCCAGCCCUGCACAGCCCUUGUCUUUGUGGCCCAUUGACUUUCUCCCUUUACAUGCUGCUCAGAUGA